AUGGAUCGUAAUCGUGUCCCAAUUAUGGCAGAUUCCUUGCUUUCUUCUAUCGCCACUUUUCAUACGAUGAAGAUCAUCGUCACUGAUCCAACAAAGUUUUCAUACAUCGGAUCUAUUCCUGAAGCCAUGCUCGGUUGUAUCUCAGCAUCGAGUAAUCUUCUUCAACAGUACAGGAAACGUCCAUCUGUUGGUCCACGUGAUCUUACACCCACAAUGCUUCGCUCCAUUGAAGAGGCUGACAAGCCAGCCAGAGGGGCAAGAAGCCUGAAUCGCAGAAGGAGGGACCGGUCACAAAACCAACCAAGGAGCAGGACCCCCAAGAAGAGAAAAACUGAUAAGGUUGCUCCUUCUCAACCUCAACCCAAAAAGCAGAAGAAGCCUGCUAGGAGACUUAUUCUUCAAUCCUCCAGCGAUUCGGAUUUAGAAUAUGUUCCUCCUAAGCAGAAGAACGCUCUACCUUCAGAUUCUGAGAACGAAAGUUUUGAUGAAGAGGCUUCGGACCGAGGGGACACUCCGCCUCGCUCCCCUACUCCAGAAAUUCCGGUUCGUUCUUUGCCUCCUUCACCUCCACCUGUUACAAUUCCAGUUUCUAUCCCUCUUAUCUCUCCAAUAACCACCUCUCAACCAUUCACUACUAUUCCUAUUCCCACUCCCAUUUUCACAGAUACAACCUCUACCACUACUACUAAACCUACCUUUACCGUUCCCAAUCCACCUAUCGAUUCCACAUAUUUCAGUCCUUAUCGAGUGCAGAGUGAGGAUGAUGAUGACGAGCCAAUUACCAAACGUCGUCUCCAAGCAGUACAUGACAAGCUUGAUCAACUGCUUUCCUCUUCCUCCUCUGGUGCCCCUUUAGAAGCUGCUUUAAAAGCAUUGUUCUCGUUGGUUGUUGCCAAACACAGUGCUACCCUAUCAGCUGCAGCCAAGGCUAUUGAAGCCUCAUCUUCCCAAUGUCAACAUGCCUCUAUCGUUGUUGAUGCCUCGACUAAGGAGUGCAAGGAAGCGACCGCAAAAUUCGAUAAACUAGUUUCAGAAGCUCACUUGUUUCUAGAUUCCCUGCAGGCUGCUGCUACCAAGAAUGCUGCAACUGUCAACACCUCAGUAGAGACUCUUCAAAAGACUCUUCAAUCUGAGUGUUCGAACCUGGUAGCGGCACGCCAUGCCAUUGAAGAAGCAAAUGCAUCGCUCCAUGCUAAAGUCAGCGAACGCUUAACUCAACUGGAAGCGGACUUAGCUAUGGAAAAUUGGAUUAUGGACGAGCUUGACAAACGUACAACCCAACUUAAAUUGCAACUACACAAGGUGCGUACUGCUAAUGCGGAGAUUAAUGACCUCAAGUCAGAAAGAGAGGUUAUCCGGAGUUCUGCUGCCGAUGUUCACUCCAUCCUCCUUCACCUUAUUGAAGCGAGGGGAGAGCAAGAGUCAAAGCAGCAACCUCCUCCUUCCAGCUCAAAACCAGCUGUUGAACCGAAGGUUAAUGAAGCUUCGGUCAGUAACAAAUCUAAGAAGAAGAACAAGAUUGGUGAAAACGACACAGACAAUGAAGAUGAUGUGUAUGUCGACAUUCCCAAGAAACCUGUCCCAAAGGACAAUACUUCUGAAAAACAAACAGAAGAAAUCACCAAGAAGCAGCGCGUUGAGAUAGAACAGAAGCGAAAGGAGGCGGAGCUCCUUGUGAAGAAAAAGUCUAUGUUUCCUGUAUGGACUAAAGACUCGCUUUAG